AUGCAAAAGACCUCGGUGAUACAAUCAAAGAAGGAAAUAAAAACAACAAGUCAAAACAAAGCCAAGGCUAUGAUAUUUCUUCGCCAUCACCUCCAUGAGGGCCUUAAGAUUGAGUACUUGACUAUAAAAGAUCCACAAGUCCUUUGGAGUAAUCUAAAGGAAAGAUAUGACCACCAGAAAACUGUUAUAUUACCUAAAGCUUGUUAUGACUUGUUACAUUUAACACUACAAGACUUUAAGUCUGUAAGUGAAUAUAACUCGGCUAUGUUCAGAAUUACUUCACAAUUGAAACUACGUGGAGAGCAAAUCACUGAUGAAGAAAUGCUGGAGAAAACAUAUUAUACUUUUCACGCAAACAAUGUUGUCCUGCAGACACAAUAUCGUGAAAAGAGAUUUAAGAAAUAUUCCGAACUUAUAUCUUUUCUCCUUGUGGUGAGGAAAAUAACGAGCUAUUGA